CCAGCUUUUCUUGAAAAACUGCCCCCAGAAACUUUUGUAAAGGAAGGCACAGAUGUCUCCCUCUUUUGCGUUAUAAAGGGCAUUCCUGCUCCUUGUGUUAUAUGGCUCUUCAACAAACUUCUAGUUGAUGAGUCAACAACGUGUCUUUUAAGAAAUGACGGGUCGCUUUGCAGCUUAAAAGUGUUGAAAAUUGUUCCAAAGCAGAGUGGCAUAUACACAUGCAAAAUAGUUAAUGCAGCAGGACAAGCUGAAUGCAGCACUCAUCUGACAGUGACAGCUCUGGAGAAAGUGCUUCAAGAAAGGAUAGAACAACAGAUUGAAUUUGAAGUAAAAGGU